GAACGUGAAGCUGUGACAAAAUUAAGAUAAAAUGGCUGGUCAACAACAUCCCUUCCCAUCUGGAUUUCCCAAUGUACAACAAUCUGCAAUGAGGACACAAUUUGGUGGAGGACAAAUGGUAUCUGGUUUAAUGGGCCCACAACAAGGCAGUAUGGUAAAUCCUCAACAAUUUGGAGUUGGUGUAGGUGGAGUAGGUUCAAAUGCUAUGGGUAUGCCUAGUGCUCAACAAGUAUUAGCACAGCAACAACAACAACAACAAUCUGUAGCAAUGCAACAGCAAGUACAACAGAUGCAACAGCAACAAUUACAAUUGCAACAACAGCAACAAGCUGCAAUGGUUCAACAAAAUAAUCAGACAGGCAAUCAAGCUACCACGCCACAAACUCCUGUACCUCCCACACAACCACCACCUCAACAACAGCAACAAAACAAAGAAUUUAAUACUGUCAGUUUAUGCAGGUUUGGUCAAGAAACUGUGCAAGAUAUUGUCAGUCGUACCUUGGAAGUUUUUCAAACACUGAGGGUUCUCCAACCACCAAAUGGUACAGCACAAGGAGCAAGUUUAUCUAAUGAAAAAAAGGCUAAAGUACAAGACCAAUUAAGGACACUAAAAUUAUUAUUCAAACGUUUAAGACUGAUUUAUGAAAAAUGUAAUGAAAACUGUCAACUUCAAGGAAUGGAAUAUACACAUAUAGAAAGUUUAAUUCCUUUAAAAGAAGAAUGGGAUAUGAAAUCUGAUGAGAAAAAGACAUCUGAAGCUUACAGACUUGCUUGUGAGGAGAGCAAGGAAAUUAUAGAGCAAGUUGUACUAAAAAAUAGACACCUUAAAGAAAUCAUUGAUCAUUUACGACGCAUUAUUUUAGAAAUAAAUACAAUGUUAAACAUGCGUCGAUCCUAACUCAUGAAUUGUACAUAAAUAUUUAUAUAAGUUAUUAAAAAAGAUAUGUUAAAAA